CCCCACCUCCACUCAUUCUGCGAAUAACCUCGAGCCCUCAUUCACCGGGUUUUUGCCUCGCUUACCCGACAUAACACCAAGUCCACCGUACAGAAGGGGAAGAAAAAAACCCUAGAUCUGAUUUUUUUGUUUAUUUUUUUUUAAUUUCUUUUUACGCUCUUCUUCCUCGAUCGCCUCCCAGAUCCCAUCCUUCGUUGCUAAAAGGUUAAGGAUGGUGUCGGACGCUAGCAAGAAGAAGGCGGCGCAGAAGAAGGCGGCGGCGGCUGCCAAGCGAGGAGGCAAAGCUGCAGCUGCUGCUGCAUCGUCUAAAGCAUCGGCGGCUGCGGCGGCAUCCGAGUCGCAGAAUGGAGCCGAUAAGCUGGCGAAUGGGGUCGGGGCGCUUCAGAUAUCGGAUCGGACUUGCACGGGAGUGCUUUGUUCGCACCCUCUCUCCAGAGAUAUCCGGAUAGAGUCGCUAUCGGUUACUUUCCAUGGACAUGACCUUAUAGUUGAUUCUGAACUGGAACUCAAUUAUGGCAGACGUUAUGGUUUGCUUGGAUUAAACGGGUGUGGGAAAUCUACACUUCUCACUGCAAUAGGAUGUCGAGAGCUUCCAAUUCCUGAGCACAUGGAUAUAUAUCACCUCACCAGGGAAAUUGAAGCUUCUGACAUGUCUUCACUUGAGGCUGUCAUAAGCUGUGAUGAGGAGAGAUUACAAUUGGAGAAAGAAGCUGAAGCCUUGGGAGCACAGGAUGAUGGAGGAGGAGAGCAGCUAGACCGAGUUUAUGAGCGUUUGGAAGCUUUGGAUGCAUCUACGGCUGAGAAGCGUGCUGCUGAAAUAUUGUUUGGUCUUGGCUUUAACAAGCAGAUGCAGGCAAAGAAAACUAAAGAUUUUUCAGGUGGCUGGAGGAUGAGGAUUGCAUUAGCAAGGGCUCUAUUUAUGAAUCCAACCAUCCUGUUGCUUGAUGAGCCUACCAAUCAUCUUGACUUGGAAGCUUGUGUGUGGUUGGAGGAGACUUUAAAGAAAUUUGAGCGUAUUCUGGUGGUGAUAUCACACUCCCAAGACUUUCUAAAUGGUGUAUGCACGAACAUCAUCCACAUGCAAAACAAGAAGCUGAAGAUAUACACUGGUAACUUCGAUCAAUAUUGUCAGACCCGUGCUGAACUGGAGGAGAAUCAGAUGAAACAGUACAAGUGGGAGCAGGAACAGAUUGCUUCAAUGAAGGAAUAUAUUGCCCGAUUUGGACAUGGGUCAGCAAAGCUAGCUCGUCAGGCACAAAGCAAAGAGAAAACUUUGGCAAAAAUGGAGCGUGGUGGACUUACGGACAAGGUGGUCAGAGACAAGGUUCUUGUCUUCCGCUUUGUUGAUGUGGGAAAGCUUCCUCCACCAGUGCUUCAAUUUGUUGAAGUAACAUUUGGGUAUACGCCUGAUAAUCUCAUCUACAAGAACAUUGACUUUGGAGUGGAUUUAGAUUCACGAAUAGCCCUGGUUGGACCUAAUGGAGCUGGAAAGAGUACGCUACUGAAGCUGAUGACAGGGGAGUUGACUCCUCUUGAUGGCAUGGUUAGGCGGCAUAAUCAUCUUAGAAUUGCUCAGUUCCACCAGCAUUUGGCUGAAAAGCUUGACAUGGACAUGUCAGCUUUACAGUAUAUGAUAAGAGAGUAUCCAGGAAAUGAGGAAGAGAGGAUGAGGGCGGCAAUUGGUAAGUUCGGGUUGUCAGGUAAGGCCCAAAUAAUGCCUAUGAAGAAUUUGUCGGAUGGGCAAAGGAGCCGAGUGAUCUUUGCUUGGCUAGCAUUUAGGCAACCUCACUUGCUGCUUUUGGAUGAGCCGACUAACCAUUUGGAUAUUGAGACAAUCGAUUCACUGGCUGAAGCAUUGAAUGAGUGGGAUGGUGGUAUGGUUCUUGUCAGCCAUGAUUUCAGACUCAUAAAUCAGGUAGCUGAAGAGAUAUGGGUCUGUGAAAAUCAAGCUGUGACCCGGUGGGAGGGUGAUAUUAUGGACUUUAAGGAGCACCUCAAGCAAAAGGCUGGUUUAUCUGAUUGAAGCUAGUAGGUCAAGAGGGAAGCUUAUGGUAUUUGGACUAUCUGUAGGCAUCAACUUUACAGUUGUUUGUACAAUGUGAUAUGGGGAUAUUGCUGCUCGGUAAUUUCUUCCCGCAAUAGUGGAUCAUUACGAAAAGCCAAAAAAGAUGAAUGGAUGGUGAUGGCUUGGUUAUUGUUUCAAGCCUAUUGCCUGUUGGAGGUGCCGUCUUAUGCUCUUUUAGUGGGGUCGUAUUUUUCGUUUUUUGUUUUUUGACCUAUCAUUUACAUUUAUUAUCCUAUUUUGCUUGGUCAUUGACCAAUUCGAUAUUAAUGCCUUACCUGAACCUUUUUGUAUCCUGUUAUAUCCUCCAGGAUAAAGAUAUGUUGUAUUUGAGAGCAUAAAUUAUGGUAAUAUUAGCCUUAUCAUUAUUGA